AUGAUGGGAAAUCAGUGGGUUUUGGGGAUUCGUCUCUUUUUCUUAAGCUUUAUUUUGGUUGCAACCAAGUAUACUUGUCUGCGUGCUCAAAAUUCGACUUCAAGCUGCCAUGAACGAGAGAGACUAGCACUACUCGAGUUCAAACAAAGCAUCAAAGAUGACUACAAAGUGCUCUCAUCAUGGGUUGGCAUUGAUUGUUGCUCAUGGAAAGGAGUCCGCUGUGAUGGAGCCACCGGAAGAGUUGCCGGUCUUCAUCUCAGAGGAAAUUACGCCUACAUUCAUGUCUUUAAAGGUGAUUACUACUUAGAAGGUGAUAAGGUGAACUCAUAUUUGGCUGAGUUAAGACAUCUGCAACAGCUGGAUUUGAGCAGAAAUAAUUUUCAAGGAUGUCGGAUUCCUAAAUUCAUUGGAUCCUUCAAGCAGCUAAGUUACCUCGAUUUAUCCUAUGCAGAGUUUAGUGGUAUUAUUCCCCAUCACAUUGGAAAUCUCUCCAAUUUGAAGGUUCUUGAUCUUGGUUCAAAUUAUAUGCUCACGUCAAAUGAUAUGGCAUGGGUUUCUGGCCUUUCCUCACUUGAGCAUCUUGACUUGAGCUACGUACAUCUUUCUCAAGCAAACAAUGUUGAUAUGGUAUUUUACAUGAUUCCUUCAUUAACAUAUUUAAGUUUGAGACGUUGUGACCUUACUAAUGCUGAUCUUGGACUUCAUCUUAAUUCAAGUAAAAUACUUCCCAACAUUGAACAUCUGGAUCUUAGCUCCAACAGCUUUGAAGGUCAACUCCCUCACUUUUUUCAGAACAUGACAUCCUUAACGUUCCUUGAUGUUUCAAGAUAUUAUCUUAGUCUGGCAUGGAACUCUGUAAACCUGGUAAACAUGAUCCCUUCUUUAUCAGAAUUGCAUUUGUCAGAGUGUGGGCUUCACAAUGCCCCCUUUUCACCCACUUAUUUGAAUUCCAGUGCCCAUUCUAACAUACAAUAUCUUGAUCUUAGAGGGAAUUCAAUUGAGGGUAGAUUUCCAUCUGAACUAAUGAACAUCACUUCCCUAAAAGUCCUUGACCUUACAUACAACAGUUUGAACUCAUCAAUUCCUGUCAUGCCUAACCUUCUAAAGCUUGAUGUUUCUGAUAAUAAGUUUGAGCACAUCGAGCUUGUUGGGAUUUGGAGACAAUGUCAUCUGAAGGAAUUGAGCUUAACAUAUAAUCAUUUUGGAGGAGAAAUGAUAGGCCCAUCAUCAAACACGUCUGAAUGUUCCAACUAUGCUUUAGAGGUGUUGGAAGCAGAUGAAAAUGAUCUAAACGGUUUGAUUCCAGAAUCUGUUGGAAAACUAAACAAUUUAAGAGUCUUAAGUCUCUCUUCAAACAGUUUUACAGGUUCAAUCCCUAAAGCUUUGGAGAGAUUAAGAUCUUUAGAAGUAUUAGAUCUAUUUGGUAACAGAUUAACCGGUCCUGUUCCAACAUUCCUUGGAAACCUUACCAAACUUGACCUUUCUCAUAAUCAAUUUAGCGGUUCUAUCCCAGAAUCAUUGGGAAGAUUAACAGGUUUAACUCUUUUAAGUCUGGAAUUAAACCUGUUAAUAGGUCCAAUCCCAGAAUCUUUGGGAAGAUUAACAGGUUUAACUCGUUUAAGUCUGCAAUCAAACCUGUUAACAGGUCCAAUCCCAGAAUCAUUGGGAAGAUUAACAGGUUUAACUCGUUUAAGUCUGCAAUCAAACCUGUUAACAGGUCCAAUCCCAGAAUCAUUGGGAAGAUUAACAGGUUUAACUCAUUUUAAUCUGCAAUCAAACCUGUUAACAGGUCCAAUCCCAGUUACAAUUGGGCAACUCACCAAACUCGUAGAAUUAGAUGUCUCUGAAAAUUCUUUAGAAGGAGUGGUUAUGGAAGCCCAUUUUGCUAACCUCUCGAUGUUGCAAUUGUUGAAUACAAGUGCUAAUCAUAAGUUGAUUUUUAAUGUCUCACAUGAGUGGAUACCUCCAUUCCAACUGAGGAAUGUUCAACUUAGUUCUUGCAAGAUUUUAAAUGGAUUUCCACACUGGUUGCAAAAUCAAAGGAAGCUUGAGCAGUUGGUGUUGUCUAAUGCUAGCCUAUAUGGACUUCUACCAACAUGGUUUCGGAAUUUGUCCAUGAUUGAUAGAUUAGAUCUCUCUAACAACAAACUAAUUGGAUCUUUGAUAAACCUUCCAUUUAGCGAAUAUACCAGGUUUUUAUAUCUACAAGACAACCUUUUCAAUGGGUCAAUUCCAAGGUCAAUGUGUAGAAGAAGAAGGUUGGAAAUUCUCGAUGUUUCCAGCAAUCGGUUAUCUGAAAAUAUUCCUGAUUGUGUAGAGAAUCUACAAGACAUGAGUAUGCUUAUACUUAGUUCAAAUGGGUUGUCUGGAGUCCUCCCAAGUUCUUUAGGAAAUAUUUAUUCAUUAACAUGGUUAAAACUGAAUGACAAUAACUUCAAUGGCCAAAUACCACAAGACUUGGGAAAGUUGGGACACAUGGAAGUUUUGGAUUUGGGCAAUAACGAAUUCUCAGGAAACAUACCAAAAUGGAUUGGAAAAAAACUUUCAGAAUUGAGGAUUCUCAGGUUGCAUAAAAACAACUUCACAAGAGGUAUUCCUCAUUCUUUGUGCAAAUGUUCAUCUCUUCAUAUUUUAGACAUCGCACACAACAGCUUAACAGGAUCCAUCCCUCAUUGUUUUGGAGAGUUGAGCGGGAUGGUUGAGGCAGAAGAUAGUCAAUGGUUUUAUGAGGGCAUUUAUUCAAUUGAUGUGAUUCAAGUCAUUAAAGGAAUUGAGCUUGAAUAUACAACAACGCUGGGUUUAGUUGUUAAUAUGGACCUUUCAAGCAAUAAACUUACAGGAGAAAUCCCUCCAGAGAUAAGUGCACUUGCUAUGUUGAUGGGUCUCAAUUUGUCUCAUAAUCAUCUGAGUGGGAGUAUUCCAGAUAGCAUCGGAAACAUGAAGGCGUUAGUAUCUCUUGACUUCUCAGACAACCAACUAAGCGGGACGAUCCCUCCAAGCAUGGCUGCUUUGAACUUUUUGAGCUGGAUGAAUUUGUCAUACAACAACUUGUCAGGAAGAAUUCCAACCGGAAAUCAAUUGCAAACACUUAUCGACCCAUCAAUAUAUGCUGGUAACAGGAAUCUCUGUGGUGCACCUCUGCCAAAUAGUUGUUCCAAUCCUGAAAACCCACCAGCCACAACAAGCAAGAAGAAAUACAAAAAGGCUAAUGGGCUAAGGAAGGUAUGGUUUUACUUGGACAUAACGUGUGGAUUUGCAACAGGUUUUUGGGGUAUUAUUGGAGUUUUGGCAUUCAAGAAGGAAUGGAGAAGGAAGCUUUUUAUGAUUGCGGAGGUAACCAUGGAUAAGGUGUAUGUGGGGUUGCAGUGAAGAUUUCCAAGAUUAAAAGAGGCAGAGAAGCCUAAUAGAUUCUUAUAAUUGACAAUAUAUAUUUGUAAAAUUGUUGUUUUGAUUUAAAAUACUCUGUUGUGUAAUAAAUUUAGACCAUGGGUGUGUUUAUUAAUAGAAAUAAAAAUAUUACAAUACACGAGAUAGAAGAAUACAGGUGACAGAUUACAGAAGAAGUAGACUGAAG